UGUUGAAGCUCAGGGAGGCUUGUAGUUGACAACAACAACAUUGUAUAGUAUAGUCAUGUACUGGCUAUAGACGACACCAUUUGAUUUGAUUUUUGAAAAAUUAUUUUAUAAAAAUAUUAAUUAAAUUAAAAUUAAUUUAAAUUGUUUAUCAAUUGUUUUGUUAAAAUUUUAGUGAUUUUUUUUAGUCCACACAUAUAUUAUAAUUAGCAAAAAAUUUUAAUACAUUAUGAGUAGUGCCAAAGUAAUUCCAAUACUCUACAGUUACUACCGGAGCUCAUGUUCGUGGAGAGUGAGGACAGCACUGGCAUUGAAAGGCAUCGACUAUGAGUACAGACCAGUAAAUCUGGUUAAGACUGAACAAUACUCUGAGGAGUUUCGCCAAUUGAAUCCCUGUCUACAGGUGCCGGCACUGGUAGUUGACGACAACCAAGUGCUGGUUGAAUCGAUGGCUAUUAUGGAAUAUUUGGAGGACCGGUACCCGAAUCAGGGCAGUCGACUGUUACCCGAGGACCCGAUUUUGCGGGCACAGGUCAGGGCUGUGGCCUUGACUAUUGUGUCGGGUAUUCAGCCGCUCCAGAAUCUGGGGGUUAUGAAAAAAGUCGACGAAAUUUGUAGCGAAAAUAAGGAUUCAGCCAAUCAUGGUUUAGCUUGGUCAAAAUAUUGGAUUGAAACCAAAUUCAAACUAUUGGAUAAAUUGUUAGCCCAGACAACCACCAGCACCAGCACCAGCACCGCAACCAACGGUGCCAAGUAUUGUGUCGGUAAUCAGCUAACAAUGGCCGACCUAUGUCUGGUACCGCAGGUGAACAAUGCCCGACGUUUUGGUGUCGAUGUCGAAAAGUUUCCGAUAAUUUCCUCAAUCAAUGACUAUCUGUUGGCAUCGGUUGACGCUAUUAAACAGUCACAUCCUGACCGACAACCUGACUGUCCAUCAAAAUAAUGAAUAAUAAUAAUGACUGUUGUCUUCAAAUUCAAUACAACAACAAAAAACAACAAAAAUUGUUUUAAAUAUUUUAUUUUUUGCUUUACUAUACUAUUAUACUAUUAUAUCUAAUUAUUAUUAUCAA